AUGAAUAAAAUAUCAAGUUGUAAUGUGUUACCUGCAGUUUCUCCAAAAAGAAACCCGGAAAGAGAGCUUUUUAAAUCUAGUAACAUAAAAUCUUAUAACUCUGGUAUAUUAAGUUGAUAAAACAAGCAUUUAAUAAUUUAUUUUAAAUAAAUAAUAUGACUUUUUUAAUGGAUUGUAGUUCACCAAAAAUUCCUUGUGAAACUAAUCGAAAAAAAAGAAAAAUAG